GGUGAAGAAAUGAAGUUAUAUUUCUGAUUGGUUCCAAUUUAUUUUUAUUAUUAAUAUUUGUUGUUUUGUAUUAUUAGAUUGGUUUGUUUGUUACUCUAUUUACUUUGAUUAGAUAACUUGUAACUAAUUUGUUGAUUUAUAAAGUGUUGAUUGUAUGUUUUCCCCUGUCUUGUUUAAGUGAGCUCACCGUCUGUGAUAAAUACCUGUUUGUUGUCUCAUUUAGGGGGUUAGUUUUGUUUUGUUCAGUUCUUCUUAAGUUUCGUUAUAUUGAAUUAAAACUUAUUUUGUUUACUUUAUUAAAGUCUAGCUAGAUUAUUUGUUAGAACAAGUUGAUUUAUUUUGUAACUGAGACCUUUUUCUUAUUUUUGGGUAAAAUAAAACCUUUUUUUUGUUGGCAAUCCUGUGUCCUCGUGCCUUACUACUUGGCGAUAUCCGACAUAUGGUGGCAGCGGUGGGAUAAGCCAGUAGAGGACACAGGUUUUUGUUUUUUUUUCCCCCUCUUGUUUAAUUAUAUUUUUUGAGGAGUUAUGAGUCGACCGCCAAAGAAAGGAGUUCCUAAGCUUGCUCCAACUGAGCGAGAAGAAAGAGAUGAGGAGAGGACUAUAGACGAAGAGGUGUUUGAUGGGGAAAAGGAGGCAGCAAGUAGAGAACCAUCAUUGGGUGAUUUGACUGGCCUGUUUCGAGCCCAUAUGGCGAAAAUGGAUGUCCGGGAGGCAGCAAGGAAGCAGGAGUAUGGAGAACAGGAGCGACGAUUUAGAGCUCUCCAACAUCAAUUCAGCUUAUUACAGACUGAGGUUCAGGCUCGUACCUCCUUUACUCCUGAGCCACGCCCGACUAAUUUAGAUUAUCUUGAUGGCCAGGGUGGAGAUGCAGAUCCUGGAACCCGACGUUCUCCUCACCAGUUUACCUCCCACACAAGGGAUGCUGACCCUAAUGUUGAUUAUUCUGGACCAAUGUGGCCUCGUGAACCUCGACUGGAAAAGUUAGCUGACUCUGAUGAUAUAGAGCAUUUUUUAAUAACUUUUGAGCGAAUCGCCACAGCUUGCCGCUGGCCCAAGGCUGAUUGGACUUUUCACUUGAUUCCGUUAUUGACUGGCAAAGCAAGGGCUGCAUAUGUUAAUAUGGAUUUGGAUGAUUGUAUCGAGUAUGAGAAGGUCAAGGCAGCCAUCCUCAUUAAAUACGAUAUCAGUGCAGAGACCUAUAGACAGAGGUUUCGCUCCUUAGAUGUCUAUCCAUCCGAGAGUCCAAAAGAACUGUACAUAAGGCUGAAGGAACUCUAUGGCAAGUGGAUUAGACCCCGGGAGAAAACCAUCGAAGAGGUGGGUGAAAUGAUCAUUCUAGAACAGUAUCUUCGCAUGCUUUCUCCUGAACUCCAGGUCUGGGUCCGGGAACGGGACCCUAGGACCGCAGCGGAUGCCGCGUCAUUAGCUGAUGUCUUUGUGGCUGCAAGAAAAAAGAAUCAACCGUGGAGUUGGACAACUGGUAGUGACUCCCGACGGGCCCCGUUCCAUCAGAAACCGGUGCCUGGGGCGGGUAAGUCUCCCAAGGGAGAUUUUCCAGAAGUUAGACGGCAUAACAUUUUAAGAGGACCAGUCAUUUGUUUCCAGUGCGGACAAGAGGGCCACACAAGGCCAGCCUGCCCACAAAAUGCUGCUAAACUAACUAACUUGUGUUAUGUUCCCAGAGGCAGCGCAGCAAAGAUAACCAAACCAAAGGUACUGUUACAGAUCAAGACGGUGACCGUAAACGGGAAAGAACUGAAGGCCCUAGUGGAUACUGGGAGUGACCAGACUCUGGUGAACAGGAAAUUUGUGGCUCCAUCUUUAAUUAGGGCCUAUAAUAAAUUACCCAUCUGCUGCGUACAUGGGGAGGAAAGAAUGGUGCCCACUGCAGACCUAUAUAUUGGGGUUGAAGGUCAAACCUACCUGUUAGAAGUAGGGGUAGCAGAUAAUCUUCAGUAUCCCGUAGUUCUUGGUCGUGAUUUACCAGUGCUCCUAGAUCUGGUCAAGCCCGUGCAGCAGUGCAACAUAGUGAUAACAAGGGCCAUGGCAAAGCAGCCGGAAGAAGCGAUACAGACUCUUUCGACACUGCCCUUUUAUGACGUAGAUUUAGCGAUGGGCAUCCCAAAAUCAAGAAAAUCUAGACGUCAAAAGAGAUGAGCAAAGCUUGAGUAUAAUGCCUCCCAAUUGCCCGUAGAGAGCACAUGCAAUCUAACCCCACAUGUCCAGCUGCCUACUAACAUAAUUGCAUUACAGCAAAAAGAUGUUAGUCUUGCUGUUUGCCUACAGAAAGCAAACCAGGAGACCACAGGGGAGGGACCCACUAAUGACAAGGGUGAGCAUUUUGUAUUUGAACAGGGCAUACUCUACCGCCAGAUCGGACUGGUAAAACAGCUGGUGGUUCCGCAGGAUACUCGAGAGGUUGUCCUUCACCUGAGCCAUUCCAUUCCCUGGGCUGGCCACCUAGGGAAAAAGAAAACCACUGCACGUAUCAAAAGACCCUUUUACUGG